AUGUCUGGGCGGAAAGCAUACGCCCGCGCCCCCGCAACCGAGGACCUUGGGCAUGGGCCCGCGCCCGAGGUCACGUUUCCAGCUAAGAGAGCAGAACCGCCCGAACACGAUGACGCGUUGGUGGUGGCCGCCAGAAUCGCCAACGCCCAAGUGAAAAGGAUCAUGGUCGACACUGGGAGCUUGGGCGACAUCCUUUAUUUGGACGCUUUCCAGAAGCUCAGGCUCUCCCGCGACACCCUGAAGCCUAUGAGCUCAGCGCUCACCGGGUUCACCGGUGAAUCAAUUUCUCCAUUGGGCGCGGUCACCCUGCCCCUAACCCUCAAGGAAGUACCGAGGAUGAAGACGGUGAUGGCAACCUUCUUGGUAGUCGACCUUCCUACCGCUUACAAUGCGAUUCUGGGGUGCCCCACCCUCAAUAAGCUCAGAGCGGUUAUCUCCACCUACCACCGGACCGAGAAGUUCCCGACCCAUGCGGGGGUCGCAGAAGUCAGGGGAAGCCCCCGCGAGUCAAGGCGGUGCUACUUGAUCGCAAUCUCCAUGCACAAGAAGAGGAGGGCUGAACUGUCCCUCGAAGACCCCUGA